AUGGAAAAGCCAAGCAAAAAAAUGCAAAACUUGCAAAUUUUUGCAAGUUUUGCAAAAACACUGGGAAGAAGUGCAAACAAUUUCAAAAAAAGCAAAGCUAUGCAAAAUUUAAAAAAAAUGAAAAAUUUCGGCCCAGGCCAUAGGAAGCAGUCUUUUCCCUGUAGCUGUCGAAGAAAAGCAUUUCAACACCCAAUAGACUCAAGGAGCUGAUCCAUGGAGUCAAGCUACUCCAAUCACCUUUCACAUGGCUAA